UCACAAUCUGGUAGUGAUUUCUUUUUAUUGCUAAACGUCGGGUUCUUCUACUUUAUUUUGCUGUCUGCAAAAAUGAGUCUCUGCCUUGAUGAAUGGACGAUUUUUCGUACGUGGGAAGGGGCUGUGAGGAUGACGAAAGGUUAGGCGCUGCUCUUGGUGGGUGGUGUAACACUCAGGUCGACACCGGCCCGAUCCGGUAGUGUCGUCACUAAAUUUUACUUUGAAAAAACAUCCAUAGAAAUAUUUUGUCAGCGAUUGGGUCCAUCGUAUGUUGUGGGCCAUUUUCAUUUUUGUCUUUAACUAUUUAGCGAAAAUAAAUCAGUAUAGAUUGUUAAUAUUUUUUGCUAUUUUAACAGUUUGUGUAAGGGGAGGAUGUCAAUUUGUAAUAGAUAAGGAAAGACUUAAAGAUUCGGGUGGUUACCAGUAUACGUCAUCUUAAUGAUUUUUCUCAAAUUCACGUCUCGUUUUCAAACACCAUUUUUUUAUUUUAUUUUGGAAUUUAAAAAAACAUUUUCCCGGACAUGACCUCUGAUUUUGAUUUCAACAUUUUGACGUAUUGGCAAGUCGAUCGUGAAAAGAUAAAAGAAAAAAAAAAAACACACACGCAUUGAAAAACAUUUUUCAGGUGAGUUUUUUAUUGCGUGUAUUGGCCGCCAGCGAUGUUUUAAUAGAAGCGCGAAUCAUUUUCUUUCGCGCAUUGGUCAAUUGGUGAACUAAAAUUUGUAAAAAAAAAAAAAUCUCUCUUCAGUUGCGAAACAUAGUACAUAGACGCAAGCCGGACCCCCAAAUAACCGGUCUUUCUUUUUCUCUCUCUUAAAUAUCAAUUUGAUUUCAUUCCUCCCGCUGCCUCGUGUCGUUGCGUGUUUGCUCCCGAUGUUUGCGUCUCCUAGCGCUCUAGCUAGUACUACAAGAAUAUUGCAGUUGUCGUCGCUCCGUCUUUGUUUUUUUGCCUUUUUCGUCCGUCAAGUCACUCACACCGUCACACAAGACUAGACGAGGUCGUUUUUGACGACGCAAAAGAACCGAGUCUUAACCAAUAACGUUAAAGGGCGCGCUAUACGCAACUUGAAAUAAAAAUUUUUUUUUUCUUCUUAUUUUGAAGGAGGAAUAAUCGAGAGCAAGUGAAAUUUGUUUUUUUUUUCGGAGAGGACGGACGGGUUGGGCACGUGGCAUUCCAGGUCAAGCUUACCAAGCGCACACGGGUUCUGUUUUUCUCUUCUCGUUACAUACAGCAGCACACACCCGCAUUUGGAGGAUUGGAUUUCUUGAUUGGAUUUCCCAAUCGGACAUCAACAACGAUUGAGAGGACGGCAGCUGGAAAAAAAAAAAGAAAAGAAGACAAACUUUGAACAAAAAUUAACAAACCGAAAUCUCAAGAAGAAAAAAAAACAAGAAAAAUUGGAAGCAGAGACCCGGUUUGAAUGACUAGGUGUUCGUGAUGGUCGGAGCUAUGGCACUGCUAUCGUCUCCAAUGUCGAUGCCGACGGGCGUUGUGGAAGAAUCUUGCAUCAGAGAACAUCCUUCACCUAGCGGAAGCGGAUCGGCCGAUGAACGCGUGUCAGCCAAUCUGCUGGCCAACGCGCAACAACACCAACAACAACAGCAUUCGGUCAGUAAACGACGGAGAGUAGCGGCGGACACGGCGGCCCAACGGCGCCGGCAUCGCCAGCACCGGACGGCUCAGCAUCGACUGUCGAACGCGACGGGCAGACGUCCGUCGCGGACCAACCGUCGCGACAACAGCGAAGACGAUGAGGAAAAUGACGAGGAUGAAGAAGCGGACGAAGAAGAUGAUGACGACGACGAAAGAGAUGCAGAUGCGGACGUCGAAGACGAUGCGAUAAUCGAUUCCCGUCGCGAGCCGCAACAGCAAAUAGAAAAACAGAAGCCGGUCCAUCCUCAGCACCACCAACUGCCACAACAACAACAGUUGUACAGCUUGAGGUGGCAUGAUUUUCAAUCGUCAAUUUUAUCGUCGUUCCGCCAUUUGCGCGACGUCGAAGACUUUGUCGACGUGACGCUGGCCUGCGACGGCAAAUCAUUCACCGCUCACAAGAUGGUGCUGUCCGCUUGCAGCCCUUACUUCAGACACCUCCUCAAGGCGAAUCCGUGCCAGCAUCCGAUCGUCAUCCUGCGCGAUGUCAAGUAUCGUGACAUGGAAGCCUUGCUGCGUUUCAUGUACAAUGGCGAGGUCAGCGUCUCCAACGAACAAUUGCCGUCGGUUCUUCACACGGCCCGGAUGCUGCAGGUCAAGGGACUGGCUGACGUCCCAUCCAAACAUUACCCCAACACGAAACGAGUGUCGGAUUAUUCGAACGAGACGCCAUCGUCCCGGGAGUCGUCAACAGAACGGCGCCCGCUGGUCGGAUUAGUGGCCAACCCGCCGAGGAAACGGGUCAGAUCGCGAUCAACGUCUCCCAUUUUGGUCGGAACGGGCGGGCCGAAUUUAUUGGGCUCUACCUCUGCUACAGUAGCGGCCGUUACUGCGACUCUGGUCACAUCCAAAUCAGAAGAAAGUGGAGGACGGACCGUUCCAGAUUCUGGCCCUGCUGGUCUAGUUGUGGUGACGGAAAAUGGCCGGAGACGAAGGACAAACGACGAUGAAGACGACGAUGACGAGGAAGAGGAGCAUUUAAACGAGUUGGAUGAUGAGAUGGAAGAGGACGAAGGACGCCACCACCGGCUGCACGUGAAAGCCACGAUGGAUGAAAAGCAACAACAACAACAACAACAACAGCAGCAACAGCAACGAGAGCAGUUGCUGUUGGACGUCCACCGGGAGUCGCUGUUGAGCCAAGCGCUGGAAGGGCGUUCGUCGCAAACUCUGAUGGCCCAUCUGUUGGCGGCUAGGAGAAGCGGUAACCAAUCGGAAACGAGCUCACGGUCCGGGCGCGGAGGUGGAGCCGGAGCGCGGGAACAUCACGGAGAGGAUGACGAUGCCAGCGACAGCGAUAACGACACGGACGCUUCGGAUCGCGAUCGGACAGACGUCGGUGACUUAUCCAACACGGAAGACAAUGUUUAUCCAUCAUCCGGCAUGGGGAUGGGAGAUCAUCCGCAUCACCACCAUCGAUCUUCUUCGUUGCAUCACCACGCAUCAGAGAUGAUGGUCCCGCCUUCCGGAUACGCUGCUCAUCACCAUCCGCUGCUCAAUCUGCAGAGCCUCCAUUCUCUUUUCCCACCUGGAUCCAUUCCAGGUGGGAACGGACCCAGUGGCGGUGGAGGGGGCGGACAUCACGGCCGUCACCAGCACGAUAGCCACAACAACAAUAACAACAACGAUCUGGCCCAGGCUACGCGACGUUCUCUCGAUUUAAUGAGAAUCAGAGCAACUGACCCGCGUCCGUGUCCUCAAUGCGGCAAAAUUUAUCGAUCUGCCCACACACUGCGGACGCAUUUGGAGGAUAAGCACACAGUGUGUCCAGGUUAUCGUUGUGUCCUGUGCGGGACGGUGGCCAAGUCGCGCAAUUCGCUGCACUCGCACAUGUCGCGACAGCACAGAGGCAUCAGCACUAAAGAUCUGCCCGUCGUUCCCAUGCCUGCACCGUUCGAUCCUGUUUUGGCUUCCUGCCUGCUGGCCAAGGCCGGCGUCAAAGUUUCACCGGCGGAAUUGGCAGCUCGUGCGUCACCCACUAGCGGCAAUCCACGCGGACGGACAGCCGAUCUCCGGCUGGACUUUAAGAGCCCGCAUUCGGGUUCCUUACCUCCCGGCACACUUCCUCCUCAGGUGACAAUCGGUGGACUCCAGUCUCAUCGCAACAAUCCGCUGCAGUUGAUUCCGCUGGAACAGGACCCGGAGGACUUGAGUUUGGCUCAGCAAAGACUUCGCGGCGAUGGUGGUCGCGAUCACCACCAUCACCACCAUCACCAUCACCGUGAGAAGAGCGACAGAUCAGGCGGAUCGAGCGGAGGGAUGGCCACCAUUUCUCCUUACGGUUCCGCCGCUGGAUUAGUCAACCGUUUGGGGUUGUCCACCAAAAUGGGUAAACAUUGGUUGGAGACGAACAUGCAGGCUGCCAUCCAGCAACAACAACAGCAACAACAGCAGCAGCAGCAGGCCAAUUCACCUGGAAGUAAUCAAAACGCGUCCGGCGGAGGCGGCAACGGUGGUGGAUCAACUGGAAGCGCUCUGCUCGACACGUACCUCCAGCUCAUCGCCGAACACUCUUCCAAUAUGGCUGCUGUUGCAGCUGCUGCCGCAGCCGCUCAGAAUAACACUUCCGGGGCACCUAACAAUAACAAUCACUCUCAUUCUUCUGAAGCCAAUCACGGAGACUUGAGCCGGCCGGAAUCGGCUGCAAAUAUGCUCGAUGCCUGUGUCAAGCGCAGUCCAAAAACAACGGCCGAUGAUUGAAGAAGAUCUCGUGCCACUUGACUCAUCGCCUACUCCCCGCCUCCCCCACAGCCCCCGACACACAGAUUAUAUCACACACAGACAUACACAAAUAGCAGAACGGUUUUUAUUUUGGAGUUUUUAAAUCAAUUUUUUUUUUUUUUUUACACUUAAACUAACCUUCCAAGCGAAAUACCUCAGUAUAUCAGCAGCAGACACAGAUUUUGUCCCCUUCAACAACUCUUCAAUCCCUCCUUAAUUAUUCACUAGUUCCGAACCUUACCUCGAAGAAUCAUAAUAACUGAAAUCAAUUGCACAGAACAAAAAAACUUAAAUCUUCCAAUAGGAUUUUUUUUUUUCUUUUAAUAGCCCGUUUUGACGAUAGGAAAACUAUGUCCAGUUCAAUUUCUUCUUCCGGUCACAAAAAGCCAGCCAACAUUUUCUUUUAUUUUUUGUUUGUUGUUGUCCAUUUUUUUUUUCUACUCUUCAGUGAGAAUUUAUUUUUAAAAAAUCUUUUGUUUUUAUGUGUGGGAAUAUAUUUCGAAUAUGUUAAUUAUAUUUCAUGUUGAUCAAACGAAAAAAGGGUGCGAAUUUGCAGCAGCGUAAAUGCAACGGGAUUUAGCCCCCAUCGUGUUUUAUGAACCCGGUGAUUUAUUGUUAUCGGUUGCAUUCAACAUUUGUUUCGUUAAUUCUUGAAGAUUGAGAAAGAAAGCGAAGUUUUGGCGCAGAACUUCUUGGUUCAUUGGGGGGGUUGCUGUUAGUAAUCAUAAUAAUUAUAAUAUAAAUGUACAGACAGAAACGUUUGACGACGAGCUUACAGGAGACAAUUUAGCGGGAAAUUUGUUUUGAUGCAAUUAUCCCCUCCCUCUAAAUAUGUGCGCCGUGUGCCAAAGGAACGAUCGGGAACUUAACACAAAAAAAAAUGAGGGGGAGAGUAAUUAUAUUAUAAAAGAAAAACUCCGCGAUCUGAAUGAGAUCGUGGUAUUUUAUAGCGAUACAUAAUCGACAGAACAACAGAUAUACGUGAGCGAAUGGCCUUAUUGUUUGUAACUUUCGACGCCGAAAAUGUGAUCGUUUCUCUUUACACACAAACAGACAUCCAUUACGAAACUACUUGACCCAUUUCUUUCUCUUUUUUUUUUUUAAAUCACAUAUCCGUCUGCGCUUAAUUCCCAUAGCAACACACAUACUGCUCUUCUCAAUCCGCCCCGAACAAAUGUCAAAUAAACAUUCAACUACUUGCAAGACAAAAAGAAAAUCAACAAGCAAAAGCCAACGAUGUAAACAAAUGGCGCGCUGUUCAAAAAAACUGUUUUGGCGUUAUUGGUAUUUUGAAAAAUAAUUUAAAAAAAAAGCUCUCUUUGAAAUGAUUAAGCGAGGUCGAUCGUUGAAAAAAAACAGAGGGAAACAUAUAUGGGGAAGUGACACUUGAAGAAAAUUGUUCAAAGAAAAUAAUGAUGAAGCGUUUCUUGAUGUGUAUUUGUCUUUGUCUGUGCGUAUGUGUGUGUGUGUGUGUGCGUGUACUGUUUAAAGAAAUUGCGUCUCUCCAGUUUAAGUAAGAGUCUCUCAUUGAAACGUGUCGAAAAAUUACCUUGCAAAAAAGCAAUACUGAUUCGUGUGUUUUCAUUCAAUUUUGUUUAAACUCCUGUUCUUGUCGACGUUCGCUGUAGCGUUUCAUAACACUAUUAUAAAGCCCAGUGUUUGAAUUUUCGAUCGCCAUGUUCUUGCUGUCUUUUAUGUUUUUAUUUUUUUAUGUUUUCUUUUCGUUUUUCUUUUCUUCUCUUCAUCUCAUUAUCUCACAUGAAAAAUGGAUAAGUGUGUGCGUGUGUGUUUAAAUUAAAUUCCGAUGUUCGGUGACCCCCUUUUUUCUUCUUCUUUCGUCUCCCAUUCACCCUCCUCUCUUACCCACCAAACAUUUUUAUAUCUAUAUAUAUCCCCCAGCUCCUCCUUCUCCAUCUCUCUUUCAUUUUUCUCGAAACAUUAUCGUGCCAACACAUUCACCUUUGAUGAAUUCUUAAUGAGAAGAGAUCUGCGCACCUGACCGUUUCUGUAGUCAAACCAUGUAAAGGGCAAAUCACUUUUUUUUUGGUUUAUUUCAGUCCUUGAAAAAGGAAAAAAAGAAAAAAAAAAAAAAAAAACACACACACACACACACACACACACAUAGACAGCACAUUAACACGCAAAAGAAACAAAUGCUGAUUCUAAUAAUCCGCUUAUCAUCGCUCGUUAAUACACGACAGGAAAAAAAAAAAGAAUAGGAAAAAAACAAAAAAUGCGUUCGUCAGAUGCUUCGUUUGUUAUCGAAUUCGGUUUAUUUGUUGUUGUUUGUUGUUGGUGUGGUUUCCCCUCCCCCUCUUUUUGUUGUGUUUAAUGUUUAAUUACCGUCGAGGGCUCGUUUUUUUACUACCUCAAAAGCCCAAAAUGGGUUCAUAGUUUCAGGAUUCUUGUUUUUGGUUUGAUUUUUUUCCUCAAUCUUUCCUUCGUCUUUUUCUUUUCUUCUCUCAUCUUGUCUCGAAUUAAUUAGCAGUUUUGUUGCACAGCGUCUCCCAAUCGCCCAAUUUGUUUUGUUUGUUUUCUUUUUCCUGAUGUUCUUCAUCUCUUCAUUCGCCAGUUAUCUGACUACACUGUACGUUUAUUGGGUUUCACACAACGAUUUUCUUUUUUUCUUUUUCGUUCGUCCGUGUCUUAUUUUUUUUGUUUGCGUUUCUGAUUUUUGUUUUCCCCCCUUUGUUACUUUUUUCUUUUUCUGCCGCAACUCUUAUUCGAAUUUCAUUUGUUGUUUGUGUUCAAUUAUUGUUCGCAUUUUGUAAUUCGGUUCAAGAAUGAAUUAAUUCAUCAUCCAACUCAUCAUCAUCCGAGAUGAAUAGCAUCGAGGUGCCAAAACGAGCAAAGAAUAAAAAAAAAGAAGCGUUAGCCUAUACAGAAUGGCGGCGUGUAUUGUCAGCAAUAGACUUCUCCAAUCUUUAUACCAUUAUGUUUAUUUUCAAUUUCUUUAUGGUUUUUCUUUAUUUUUGAUUUCCUCAAUCGUGAAACUGAAAUAGAAAUAAUAUCAAAUUGA